CAUCGUCAUAUACACCGUCAUGACCUAUUCGAGUGUCAAAAUCUUUGAUUUAGGCCUCAGCGCGCGACGCGUCUUCGUGUCAUCGAAUUGUUUCCCUCAACGUUCUAAUCGCGGUCAUUCUGAAAAUGGACCAUGCCUCCAUACGUUUCACGCAAGCGCUCUCGAUCCCCGGCGCUUCCAGUCGUUCCUCCUCGCAAGCGCAUAGCCACUAAGAGCAAAUAUGUACGAGGAAGUAAUAAGAAAAAAGAUGUGUUUCACGCCUUGGAUGAGCUGAGCAAACCUGCUAAAAGAUCUCGGACGUUGGAGGAGAACCAGAAGUUCCUGGACGCACAAGAAGAAAGCGAUGCCCAAAGUCGAUCAGACGCAUCCUCCAGCGACGACUCCGACGAAUUUGAAGAUGUCUUGCAAGACGCCGAUACUCCUGCUACCGCAAAGAGUCGCUGUACACAGAGUGGUAGUAGUACAGCAGAAGAGAGCGAGGAUGAUAAUGAGCAGGACGACGACGACGCAGUGAGCACUGGGUCGACCAAUUGGCACGACCUCCUUCCAAACACGAAUACCAACCAUACUGCACCUAUACCUUCUGGGGAUCUUCAGAUCACUCUUCCAAAGGCAAAUGAGCAACCUGACUAUUCUCAUUGGGCGGCCGCGCGAGAAACAACAGGCAAGAAAGGCCCAAGUAAGAUCGAGAGACAGAUCCGUGUUCGAACUCAUUGCAUGCAUGUGCAGUUCCUACUGUAUCACAACCUUGUGAGAAACAGUUGGAUACAGGACAAGGAGGUACAGAAAUUACUGCUUGAUAAGCUCAGUGAAGGCUGUUGGAAAGAGAUCUGCAUUUGGCGGGAAGCAGUCGGCCUUCCACACCUGGGCAAAGAUGAGCAUGGUACAGCAGGAAAAGCUGCCAGGAAGAUGUCAAGAACAGAUCUAAAGAAGGCUCAAGGAAAAUUCAAGGGGAAAGAGAAAGGCAAGGACAAGCCUAAGAAGGAUGACCCCAGAAGCCAACGCGACUGGUCUAACACCGCGACCCGCGAUCCUGACAAUUCUCCACAUGACGGGCUACCCCGAUUACUGCAAUACCUGCUGUCAUUCUGGAGGAAGAUAUUCAAGCCUACUGCACCGUCGCUGAAGAAAGUUGGAUACCUCGAGUCAUCUGCGUUACAAGCACACAUGCGUGCCUACAAGAAGGACAACAAAGAUGUCGAGAGGUUCGGAGAACGUAUCACGACCAGAGAAGAGUUCAGAGAAUGUGCUAGAAAGACAACAGGCAGUAGAGACGUCGGCCAGCAACUGUUUACAGGACUACUACGUGCUGUUGGAAUAGAGGCGCGUAUGGUUUGCAGUCUGCAGCCUGUCGGAUUUGGCUGGUCGAAAGCUGAAGACGGGAAAAUGAAAAAACCUGCGCAGACUGCAUACAACAUAUCAGCCGCGGAAGUUGUAUCAAAAGGUGUCGAGAGCACGAGGUCGAAGACCUCAGCCCGCAAAUCCAAGGGCGGAAAUAAAGGGAGCAAGACUGCGCCUAUUGAUCUUGACUCGGACUCUAGCAGUUUAAGUGAUCCACCUUCAGACUCCGGGUCCGACUUGUCUAUUGUCGACUUGACGCCCUCGAAGUCUGCGACUCCAGCACGAAGAGGUUAUCCUCACACACACCCAUACCCAACUUACUGGACUGAAGCUUUUUCUCCUGUGACUAAUAGACCUCACGCUGCCUCUCCUCUUACUGCCCCACAUAUUGCAAGCACAGCCGAAGCAUUUCAGGCGUUUGAGCCCCGUGGCAAGGACGCCGAUAAAGCAAAGCAAGUGUUUGCCUACAUCGUGGCCUACUCAUAUGAUGGUACGGCAAAAGAUGUCACAGUACGCUACCUAAAGCGACACAUGUGGCCGGGUAAAACGAAAGGUGUGCGGUUGCCUGUCGAAAAGAUACCAGUCUAUAACAAGCAUGGCAAGAUCAAACGUUGUGAGGAAUAUGACUGGUUCAAGAAUGUUUUGUCUGCAUAUAGACGCGAUGCUCAUCUCCGCACCCAGGCUGAUGAGAUAGAGGAUACCAUAGAUCUCAUACCUGUUAAACCCAACAAAAAAGACAAGGAAGAGAAUCUUGAUACGCUUACUGGCCUCAAGGCAUCUGCCGAUUACGUGCUCGAACGGUUUAUGCGACGUGAAGAGGCUCUUUUACCUACAGCGAAGCCCGUUCGCAAUUUUACUUCGGGGAAGGGCGAUAAAGCAAAGACUGAGCCCGUAUACCGCCGUGCGGAUGUAGUCUCGUGCAAGACGGUUGAGUCAUGGCACAAAGAGGGCCGCGAAAUCAUCCCUGGUGCACAAGCACUGAAGCGUGUCCCACAUCGGGCUGUUACGAUUGCAAGAAAGCAGGAGAUAAUAGACCAUGAGCGCGAGACGGGAGAGAAACCUUUGCAGGGACUGUAUUCGAAGGCUCAGACGCAAUACAUCAUUCCUCCUCCGAUUGAGGAUGGACGCAUUCCACGCAACGCCUUUGGAAACAUCGACGUAUAUGUACCAAGCAUGGUUCCCAAAGGAGCAUCGCACAUCCCCCUUCGUGGCACUAUGCGCAUCUGCAAGAAGCUUGGUAUUGAUUUUGCUGAGGCCUGUGUGGGCUUUGAGUUUGGAGCGCAGCGCGCAGUGCCUGUCAUACAUGGUGUGGUGGUGGCUGAAGGUCACCGAAAGCUGGUGCGCGACGCAUGGCACGAGGAGCAAGUGAGGCUGAAAGAGAAGGAAGAGAAGAAACGUGAAGCUAGGGCACUGGCGCUUUGGAAGAAGUUUCUCACCGGUAUGCGCAUUAUAGAGAGGGUUAGGGCAGAGUACGGCACAGGUGUAGGCGAAUCCGCAGAUAUCAAUCCUUUCGUGCACAAAAAGGCAAGCAUAAAGCAACAUGCAGAUAUUGCACGCGCGUACGAAGACUGUGGUUUUCAGGCACACGAUGAAGAACAAGGGGGCGGCUUCAUCAUGCCAGGCCACGAAGAGGAGGAGAUGGUACCAAGGGUCGCUGCAAACACAGCCAUAGUUACCGAUGGUGGUGGCGGCUUCUUGCCAGAUGCUGACCGUGCAUCCGGAUCUGAAGGAGGCGGUUUUAUGCUAGAGGAAGAGGUGGUAAAGUCACGCUCUGUGACUCCAGACACAUCUUCACACGACUUAGUACGGACGCCAAUGUCACUCCAAAUAGCUCAUCAGCAGAGUCAAGGCAGCGCGAAAGGCUUAUCUGUCAACGCAAGAAUGAAUAAGAGACGACGUAUAGCCGAAGACAACGAUACUGUUCCAAUGCCAUCAUCCCCAGAAGUACCUACCAACAAUAAAAACGAGGACGAAUUCAAGCCAGAAACGUCAUCCCGGAAAGGGAGAGCCAAAGUACCCAGCACCACUCCAUCGAAACAAGAGCGCCAGCCAGCUCGUGUUGUGCCAAAACGUCAGGCUGCGAAGCGAGCGAGCGCAGGAACGGGAUCGAAGAGCAAGUAUUUUGAAGGGAGCGAUGAGAGCGAUGCUUGAGGCCGUAUCAACCAUGCGCCGUAAUUGAGACCGUAUAAGACACUGUAGUGACUACGCACGUCUCAUUAGGAGCUCGUUCAGUCACGCGUUAAAUUUAAGACAGUUGAAAUGAGUUGUUCGACAUCCAUCCAUACCAAUGACAGCGCCAAGUCUGGUAG